AUGAUUGAAGAAGAGAUCUCAGGAUGGUUGGAUGAUGUAGAUUCAUUCAAUAGAGUAAAGUUUGAUAGAAAUAAUAAGGAGAAAAUUAAUGAACUCCCCUUACAUUAAAAUCUUCGUAGUUAUAGUUUAUGUUAAAAAAAAGAAGAUUAAGAAAAAAUGCUAAUUUCAAAAUCAAGUCUUUAUUGAAAUGUAUUUUAGAUCUCUUUUCUAACAAAGAGAACUCAUCCCAAUAUGUAAAAAGCAAGAUGCAGAAAAAAUAAAAUAGUACUAUAGAAGAACUAAAAAAAGUUAUGGAGUUUCUAUCAAUAAAUGAACAAUAUAAAUAUGAAACUCAUAGAGCAUUUGAUCCAAAUGAUGACAGAUUUAUGAAACAGUAGUAGCAACUUGUUGAAAAAUAAAAGUAAUAAUAAGAGCUCAAAAAAAAUAAGUUCAAACUUCAAUUGGAUAUUAAAGAUAAUUAUCAAUCCAUACCAAAAUCAAGAAGGUAAUUAAUACCAUUAAAUGAUUUCUAACAAUUAUAAAAAGUUAAUAGUGACAGGUCACAAAAUAAUUAAAUUCAACAAAAUGGAAUUUAAGAAUCCAAAAGUUAAACACAAACCAAGUUUAAAUUUCCAAAAUUUAUCAUCUAGUAAUAAAAAUUUAAGAAACAACAUUAUAAAACAGAUGAUUAUGCUGGUAAUAAAGAUUAGUAAGAACAACAAGCUAAGAAUUUUAUCCAAAUAAAUAAAAUAUUCAGUAAUAAUAAUUUUAUGGAUACAAAACUAAGUAUCAAUACCCCAAAACCUAUUUCAUAAACUAAAUAUUAGUUUUAAUUAUAAUAAACAAUAAGCAAUAUCAAUUAAGCUAGAGAUAAUUCAUAUACAUUUGAUCUAUUUUACAGGAAAACACCUUCAAAUACAUUUUAGGAAAAUAAGGAAAAGUAGAAAUAACUUAAAUUAUUAGAGAUAGCUCUAAAAUGUAAAAAUAUUAAAUGA